CAGAAAAUGUCCUCCGUUAAAGAUGAGCUCUCUGUUCGGUUCACUUCGUUGUCGUGUGAAAGUACCGAAGAGCAUCGUCUGUCGCAUCUGUAAGAAGUCGAUGGGAAACCUUCAAAAUUCGAGAGCUAUUAUCGUCAUAUAGAAAUCUCGAAAUCGUGGCGGCACGGGUGUGAAGAUUAUUCCCUGAAACUUAUGCCUUCCCAUUCCCAAUAAGCCCCUAUUUUAGCUGUUGAAAUUUAUUAAGAUCAAGAUGAAGCUUUUUCCUCAUGAAAGUAAGAUAGUCACCACCUCAGAAGUGAUCUUAAUGAAACCCUCGUUUAUCCGAUUCCGAUAUUAUCGUCCCGUAGAUUCUUCUCAAACUAAGUCUCUCAUUGCUUUCUGGAGAAAGCAGGGAAUAUUUUGCCCAUCUAUCUCGUGCUUUUCUCGAGGACGACGAGGAGCAUCAUGGCAACUUGUCACCGCAUUGCCCUUGCCCGUCACCACGUGUGUCGUGUGAUGAUGGCAGCUCUCUUCUAUACCCUCGCUGUAGUACCUCAUCUUGCAGGGAUGAUGGUCGAGGCACGAAGCGUUCCGCCAGACCACGCUCACAUAAUGCUUAGAAGAGUAGAAAAAGGAAUAACAGCUCCCCAUCAUAAAGAAGGACAUCGAGAUAGCGAUAACCACGACACCAGAACAGAUGAGAGCGUCGAUGUCUACUCUUCAAAUGCGGCACUGUUACAAGUGGGCACAGGAAAGGAGAAAGAAGGACAGGGUAAGACUAAGACCAGUACUAGAAGCGAGGAGGAGGAGGAAAAGGUAAAGGAUGGCAAAGACGAGAAGGAAAAAGAGGGCGAUGCCGAUGGAAAAAAAAAGGACAAGAAAAAGUUAUGGCCUGACUGGGUGGAAAAAUUCCCAUCAUAUAAUUUGACUUUUCACUCUGUACUAGGUGUAGAUCUUUAUCACUGGAGUUGUAUCUGCGAUAGUAAAAUGUCAAAGUUGGUAGUAUUAGUAUUUCUCAGUCAUUGUCUCAGACGAGGUAAGCAGGGCCACUUCUUCUUCGUAGAGAAAUCAAGCCACGCUCUAACUCCAGAUGACAAGAAUAAAGGAGACAAAGAUGAAAAGACAGGUAUCGUCGACAAGAUCAAGGACAUAUGGGACAACAACAAAGUGCUCAUCCUCAUUGUCAGCGCUGCUUUGGCGGUUUUCCUAGUGUGCUGGUACUAGUACUUUAGUUUUUUUGGUUUAGAAGAACGCAGAAGUGUUGAACAAUACGAAAUUAGAUCAUUGGUUGGAGGUGUACUAGAGCAGGCUUUAAAUCUCAUCAUUCUCAACCACUACAACAGUUGUGUCCUUUGUUGUUGCGGUGGCGGUGGAGACGAUGAAAGCCCUAGCGGAAUAGUUCAGGGUGGCGCACCAAGUAGAGGUCGGCGGCCGAGAUCUGAAGGUGAAGCACUAGGGGAGUUCGAUAUCAGAGGUGGUCACCAGAAACACGAAGUCAUAGAGGAAGACAAACCGAUUUCAGUUUUGGCAGGUAUAAUCAUGAGGAUAAUCAUGAUAAAAGUCUCAUAGCACUUGCGGUGGCAAUACACUUACAAACGAAACAAGAACUCCUCGCAGUACAUCGUACUUUUUACUAUUUUCUUUACAGUACGUUAUCGUCUAGUAGUAGUACCUCUGUCUACCUCCAAGUCAUAAGUUCUUACCCUCAGAUCCAUGAAUCGCGAUUUAAUGCUUUUUCCAUUUGCUUCGUACUCACGAACAUAUCUAUAUCAGGUCCACCUCCGGGUCAUGGCAAGCCGCCAAUGAUGCAAGGGAAGAAUCCUAAGGGGUUAAUGCAAGGACCUCCACCUGGUAUGGUCAUGAAGGGUGCCGGGCCGCCUCCUGGCAUGAUGAUGAAAGGACCGGGUCCUUCCCCACGAGAUAUGAUGAUGAAGGUUAAGGCUUGUUGUGUUCUGUAGUUGUAAGUAGUUCAUCUUGAGAUGAUUGUUGAGAAAGAUCUUUUUUCUUUGAGGCCUGAAUUAUGACGAAUUUGAAUGCCCUCGCUCUAAGAAGUGCGGCGGUCCACCUCCUGGUAUGGUCAUGAAAGGUGCAGGACCUCCGCCUGGAAUGAUGCAGGGGAAACCGCCUAUGAAAGGAAUGAAACCUGGAGGUGGACCACUUUUCUAUGCUGAUCAUGAAAUUCUUCUUGAAGCAGGAUCAUAUUAUCAUGAAAAGUAUGAAGUAGAUGCGCUAGAUCAUGAAGCAGAAGAAGUGGAUCAUGACAGGUACAGAAGAGUACUAGAGCAAACAGCAGAGGAAGUAGAGAAAAAGUCAGUUAGAAUAAAGAAGACAAGGACAACAUCUGGCGAAGAGAACAUGAAAAAAUCCAGUACUUCAGCUACUAUCGAAGAGAAGUCGACCAGAAGUAGUAAAGCAAAAUCUGCAAUAAAGGCGGCCGCUGGUCCAGCCGAGCAGAUAGCCACUACUACAAAUGGCGCGACUAAUAGCAGUAGCAGUAGCCGAGUGAGAGGUGCUGAUGGAACCACAAAAUCGAAGAGUGACGCAGUUGCUGGGCCAGCAUCUUCAACAAAAAAUACGGACGCAAGAACUGCAAGUACAAGGAGUUCCAAGUUCAAAAUCCAAAAAAAGACUACUUCAUCAACCACAGUGGUCGAUGCGAGCAAAGCUAGUGGAGCCAGAAAGACGCCUACUGGUGCAUCUGAAAGAAUAUCUAGAGGACUGUCUACAGGUCGUGCAAUAACAUCAGAAUACGGUCAGCAUGUGCAUGUUUAUGAUAUUGCGAGUAGUACCACAGAAGCUGAAGAUGUAGAAGAUCUACCACGACCUAGCUACACCAUAGUGGAAGAGUCAUUUGGGAGCCGGUCGGCUGGCUCACGCCGCGACUUCUACAUUGAGUCAUCGUCAGAAGAAGAUGAAGACGAUACGCCAUUGGCGUUCUGAUCAUGAGAGGACUUCUGCCUCGUGCUCGUGUCGACGUGGUCAGAUAUGUUUACAUUAGAUUUAGGAUUAGCCGCGACUUAGAUUUUUCGUGUGUCAUGUAUGAAUGUCAAUGUCUACUUUUACCACCAAUUUCAUCUGGUGCAUGUGCAUUUCUAUUAGUUUCUAAAAAAAACCCAUCAACAUUUGAACUGUCUUUUCAUGCGUAGUCAUUUAUUCGGAUUUCAGUUUCGCUAGUCUUCGUUUUAUUCGUGGUUUGAUUUUCUUAGUAUUGUUGAUGCAGGACAAACACAAUAACGACAAAGUCCUUUGCAACUACACAAGCGAAAGUGAUGACAAGUGGUCCAAUCAUCGUUUCGAUACAAUUUCAAAAAAGUAGUAUUGAUUCUAUCACCAACACCAUUAGUACAACGAACUGUGAGUACCAGGGCCUACUCGUACCUCGCUCAUGAAGAAGUGUAAGUAUCCACGAGAUGAACU